AUGCUGUGGCAGGUUUUGCACAGGGGCUUGAGGACGUGUUUCUCCCGGCUCGGCCACUUCAUUGCUAGUCACCUGGUCUUCUUCGCUUCGGCGCCCGUGCUCAUCUCCAUCCUGCUUGGCGCCAGCUUCAGCCGCUACCAGGUCGAGGAGACUGUGGAGCACCUGCUUGCGCCCCAGCACAGCCUCGCCAAGAUAGAGCGCAACCUCGUCAACAGCCUCUUUUCGGUCAACCGCUCCAAGCACCGGCUCUACUCGGACCUGCAGACCCCUGGGCGCUGCAGCCGGGUCAUAGUCACCUCCUUCCAGAAAGCCAACAUGCUGGACCAGCAUCAUACCGACUUGAUCUUAAACUUGCACACUGCUGUGACCAGGAUCCAGGUUUCAAGGCCUGGCUUUAAUUACACAUUCGCCCACAUAUGCAUACUGAAUAAUGAUAAGACUUGCAUUGUGGAUGACAUAGUGCACAUUCUGGAGGAGCUAAAGAAUGCCCGGGCCACCAACCGGACCAGUUUUGCUAUCAUGUAUCCGAUCACUCACUUAAAGGAUGGGAGGGCAGUGUACAACAGGCACCAGUUUGGGGGUGUCACCGUGCACAGCAAGGACCGGGUGAAAUCUGUGGAGGCUGUCCAGCUCACCUACUAUCUGCAGUCAAUCAACAGUCUGAAAGACAUGGUGGCCGAGAGGUGUGAGUCCAGUUUCUGUGACACUGUUCGACUGUUCCAGAAAUCCAACAGCAAAGUCAAAAUGUACCCUUACAUGUCUUCAUCACUGAGGGAGGAUUUCCAGAAGACCAGCCAUGUGUCAGAAUGCUACCUGGUCACCAGCGUGAUCCUGGUGGUUGCCAUGGCCAUCCUCUGCUGCUCUAUGCAGGACUGCAUCCGUAGCAAGCCCUGGCUAGGUCUGCUUGGGCUGGUGACCAUAAGCCUGGCCACUCUCACCACGGCCGGGAUCAUCAAUCUCACUGGUGGAAAAUACAAUUCCACCUUCCUGGGAGUCCAUUUCAUCGUGCUAGGUCAUGGAUUAUACGGGACUUUUGAAAUGUUAUCCUCCUGGAGGAAAACUAGAGAAGACCAACACGUUAAAGAGAGAACUGCAGCAGUCUAUGCAGACUCCAUGCUCUCCUUUUCUCUCACCACUGCCAUGUACCUGGUCACCUUUGGCAUAGGGGCCAGUCCUUUCACAAACAUUGAAGCAGCCAGGAUUUUCUGCUGCAAUUCCUGUAUUGCAAUCUUCUUCAACUACCUCUAUGUACUCUCGUUUUAUGGUUCCAGCCUAGUGUUCACUGGCUACAUAGAAAACAAUUACCAGCAUAGUAUCUUCUGUAGAAAAGUCCCAAAGCCUGAGGCAUUGCAGGAGAAGCCGGCAUGGUACAGGUUUCUCCUGACAGCCAGAUUCAGUGAGGACACAACUGAUGCUGAGGAAGCGAACACUUACGAGAGUCACCUAUUGGUAUGUUUUCUCAAACGCUAUUACUGUGACUGGAUAACCAACACCUAUGUCAAGCCUUUUGUAGUCCUCUUUUACCUUAUUUAUAUUUCCUUUGCCUUAAUGGGCUAUCUGCAGGUCAGUGAAGGGUCAGACCUUAGUAAUAUCGUAGCAACUGCGACGCAAACCAUUGAGUAUACUACUGCCCAGCAAAAGUACUUUAGCAACUACAGUCCGGUGAUUGGGUUUUACAUAUAUGAGUCCAUAGAAUACUGGAACACUAGUGUCCAAGAAGAUGUGCUAGAAUAUACCAAGGGGUUUGUGCGAAUAUCCUGGUUCGAGAGCUAUUUAAAUUACCUUCGGAAACUCAACGUGUCCACUGGCUUACCUAAGAAAAAUUUCACAGACAUGUUGAGGAAUUCCUUUCUGAAAGCCCCCCAAUUUUCACAUUUUCAAGAGGACAUCAUCUUCUCUAAAAAGUACAAUGAUGAGGUUGAUGUAGUGGCCUCCAGAAUGUUUUUAGUGGCCAAGACCAUGGAAACCAACAGAGAAGAACUCUAUGAUCUCCUGGAGACCCUGAGGAGACUUUCUGUCACCUCCAAGGUGAAGUUCAUUGUCUUCAAUCCGUCCUUUGUGUACAUGGAUCGAUAUUCCUCCUCUCUGGGAGCCCCCCUGCACAACUCCUGCAUCAGUGCUUUAUUCCUGCUCUUCUUCUCGGCAUUCCUGGUGGCAGAUUCUCUGAUUAAUGUUUGGAUCACUCUAACGGUUGUGUCCGUGGAGUUUGGAGUCAUAGGUUUCAUGACAUUAUGGAAAGUAGAAUUGGACUGCAUCUCUGUGCUAUGCUUAAUUUAUGGAAUUAACUACACAAUUGACAAUUGUGCUCCACUGUUAUCCACCUUUGUUCUGGGCAAGGAUUGCACGAGAACUAAAUGGGUAAAAAAUGCCCUGGAAGUGCACGGGGUAGCUAUUUUACAGAGUUAUCUCUGCUAUAUUGUUGGUCUGAUUCCUCUCGCAGCUGUGCCUUCAAAUCUGACCUGUACACUGUUCAGGUGCUUGUUUUUAAUAGCAUUUGUCACCUUCUUUCACUGCUUUGCCAUUUUACCUGUGAUACUGACUUUCCUGCCACCUUCGAAGAAAAAAAGGAAAGAGAAGAAAAAUCCAGAAAACCGGGAGGAAAUUGAGUGUGUAGAAAUGGUGGAUAUUGAUAGUACUAGAGUUGUUGACCAAAUUACAACAGUGUGAUAGUGUCUGCUUGUUAUUUUUUCACCUUAGGUCUUAU